UACCUCUAUCAUCAAAAGAUUUACUUUCACUUUCGAAGAGGCCGCAUAUACUUUCAUUUUAUUUAUAGAGGAUGUCGCUAUUAACAAAAGUCUUGUUCUAUCCUACCCUGGGCUACAACGUUUUAAUGACAUACAUCACAAGUAGACGAUGGUUUGAUCGAAUAGAUGAAACGGUCAUACUUGGUGCACUACCACUAAAAAGUUGGAACCAGACUCUGGUGGAAGAAGAAAAUAUUCGUGGAAUUGUCUCCCUUACUGAAGAUUUCGAGACAGAGGGGCUAACAAAUUCAACAGAGGAAUGGAAAGCUUUAGGGGUAGAACAACUUAAGCUGCCUACACCUGAUUUUGUGGCCUCACCCUCACAAGAAUUCAUAGACAAAGGUGUUUCAUUUAUUCUUAAACACAGACAAAACCAGAGUAGUGUGUAUGUCCAUUGUAAAGCUGGAAGAACCCGUAGUGCAACAAUCGUAGCUUGCUAUCUAAUCAAGGUCAAUAACUGGAAACCCCAGGAAGCGGUUGAGUUCUUGCACACCAAGAGACCACAUAUCUGGCUCCGAGAAAAGCAGAUUGACUCUAUAAAUAUUUAUUAUGACAAUUUUAAAACUAGCAGAAUUUAUGGAGCAUGAUUUAGUCUACAUAUAUGUAUGCAAAUCAACCAGGUCCUCAAGUAAUGCCUCUACGCUAGUUCUUUCAAAAAUGCUAAUUGUGUAACCAAAAGACAUUUGUCACCAUGUUCCACAUCUUCCUCUUUUAUACUGUGUUUGCAAAUCAAGGUUGAUAUUUGACAAUCCGUUGUGCUCUAUUAUAGUUAAGUUCGUCAGUAAAACCAUAGAGCUUGGAUUGUUAAAGAAAUUGUGAUUCUCGUGACCACCAGUAUAAGGGGACUAAAUCUCCAAAUAUAGUACAAACUUUUACUAUCUUUCUCUGCUAUACUCCUGAUAAACUUCGUAAUAAUGAUGAACAUGGAGGUUUCUAUCAGGUGUGAAAUUCGCGGCUCCUAGGUCAGGAGUUGAGACCCUAGAACAAGGCUGAAUUAGUCAUUUCUGAAGAUUCUCUAUUGGCAUCAAACAAUAUGGGGGAAAAGGGGAAUUUAUAAUACCCUCUGUUAUGGGCACAUACAUAUGUACAUUAUAUCUUUGAAAUAUGUGAGAUUACAUGUACCAUGUCAACCGCAUGUGAGGGCUUAUAAGAUAUAUAAGGAAAAUUACAAUUCACCCAGGAAUGAAAAAAAAAAAAAUUCGCGAAGGAUUGAAUUAUUUUGUGAUAAUUUGUAUUUUGUUAAUUUAUGACUGUAAUAAAUUAGAAAUUUCCA